AUGCCUUUCUUCGACUUCUCUCUCCAACUUUCUCCGACACGAGCCUGCUCCUUCUCUCUUUCUAGCUUUUAUACUAUUCCGAGGCCUAUCCAGCAUAAUGUUUCUUCUUGCUCCACCCUCUCAACUCCCUCUCUGUCCCGACCUAUGCCCCAAACCUCUCCUAGAAUGCCUCUCGAGCUCGUCUUGUCCUUUAUCGAGGCUGCCUCCACCCAGGUCGACACACACGCCUAUGUCGCUCUCCUCAGGGCCUGUUCGUUGGUCUGCAGAGCCUGGUCUACCCCUGCCCAAAGAAUAUUGUUUUCCCAGGUUUCCCUCCGGAGUCAGCGCUCCUAUCAGCUCUUCAUGAGCGCCGUCGAUCGUAGCACUCCCCAUGGCGCUAUUUUAGGAGACGCGGUCAAGCGUCUAAGCGUCGUUUUGGACCACAACCAGCCCCUUGGUUUGCACCCCCACUCGUUCGCUUUGGCCGUCAACGCGUGUCCCAAAUUGGCAGAGCUUGAUAUUUCCCUGUAUGGGUGUGCAGAGCCCGGCCAAGAUAUUGUCGGGUCCCCAGAUGUUUCACGUUUACGACGACCCGCACCAUCUUUCGAUGAACAAACUCUUUCGCUCCUAAAAGCAGGACCCAGGAUCGAUCACCUUCAUUUUGAUAACUGGUCGGAAAAUCAGCAGUCCAUAUUCCAAUUGCUCGAAAUUUGGCCAUCUCUUCAAUUUCUAUCAAUCGGAGGCACGUCACCGAAGCAUCUCCAGAGUUCCCCGCCCCCGUUCCCUUGCUCGCUUCGCGGGCUACGCCUCAAUUUCCAGACGACACCUUCCGUCGAUUUUCUGAAGUGGCUUCUCCAUAAUUCCACCGGCUCUCUCCGAACCUUGCACUUCCAACGAGACCCCUCCGUUGAGGCGCUUGAAUACCUAGUCAACGCCCAUGGUUCAAGCUUGAAAUCGAUGUCAUUGCCAGCUUUUGGUUCACCCGAGCUGCCCAACCUUGUUUCGAAGUGCAAUGGCCUAGUGGAACUGAGGACAGAGAACCCUUUGCUACCUCCAAGCCUUUACAAGUGCUUCCCCCGACAAGUAGAACAUCUGGCAUUUGGAUUAGACCGUGACACACCUCUAAACUUUGUCAUUGAUGUUAUCAAAACGAACGAAUCAUUGAAGACCAUCGACGUCCAACAAUGGGAAAGCGGCCGCUCCCACUCUCUCCUUCCUUCUCUCAAAAUGGCAUGUGUAUAUCAAGGGAUAGAACUGAAGAUCACCAGCGAUUUGCGGGCGUUUCGCACGCUGGAUAUGACUGUACGCAACCGUCUCAGCGCUGACGGAAUUAGGCUGGUCUUGAUGUCGUCGUCGCUGUCGUCAGUCGUCUCAAGCCUCGUUCGGGCCUCAAUGGGCACCUCCGUACCGGCUACCGUUACCGACGAUGACCUCGAUCGCCAUGUCGCUGAACUCAUAGUACGGGAGGCAAAGAAGAAAGCGGAACGCUAUGGCCAGCAGGGCAUCCGUGCCUAUAUCUCCAGCAAUGUUUCUGACCCCAAUGCCCCGAAGCCGAACAAACGUUUCCUAUCUUCCAUUAUCAAGAGUACAGACGACCACAAUAGGACAAUAUUGAAGGCACAGGCACAGGCUGCCCAAGAAGUCAAAAGAGAGCGGGAGGAACAGGAGAGAAGACAGCGUCGAGCCAGGGCAGAGGAGGCGGCAGAGGCAGAAAGGCUUCGCCGAUCUGGAAGGAGUUCAAAGCGGAAGAGGGCAAAUGAUGAGGACGGCUGGGAUAGAUGGGACGGAAGGACCGCUGAACGGAAGAAAGUAUCACGGAAUUGGGAGGUAUGGGACGGAUAUGAUGAGGACGAGGACUCUGAAAAGCCUCGGAGACGCCGCAGAAGCAGGUCAAAGCCUCGGUCGAAGAGUAGAGCCCGUAAACAAGACGGGUCUUCACGAACUCAUCAUUUUGAAGAUGAUGAGAAAGAAGAGGGCUCACAUCGGAGAAGGCAUAGGCGUGGUCACAGUCGAAGCACUUCACCCAGGAGGAUUGACUCCACAAACGUAAGUCGUGAUCCCCACGACGAAGGUUCUGGUCGCCAUAAACAUCACCGUAGUCGAGAACGUUACCAUCCUCGUCGAUCCAACAGUCGUUCACCCGCCCGCCGACAUCGUUCGCGUUCUCAAAGCGAAGAUUCAAACCCCAGAAAGCGCAAACGUUCACGGUCACCAAAAUAUGCACUAGACGACAUACGCGACGAUGUUCCUUCGAAAGACCGCAGAUCUUCUUCCUUACUUUCCGAGUCGAGACCGAGUUCUCGUAGGACAGACAGCCGAGGGUAUGAACAACCAGGCGCUGCGGAUAACUUCGACCCUGCAGUAGCUUUAUCAUCUAAACGAAGCUCGUCUCCGGCGCCUUCAAGGUCCCCAAGUCCCGGUCCACAGCCAGCCAUUCAACUUCCUUCAAAAAUGGAUCGUUAUUUCGAAGAAUCUUACGACCCACGCCUUGACGUUGCCCCGCUCACGGCGCCUAAAGUCCCAGCGACAGGCCUUAUCGAUAACGCCGAGUUCGAGGGUUGGGAUGCAAUGCUAGAACUCAUUCGCAUUCGGAGAGAAGACAAAGAGGAGAAAAAGAGAUUAGAAAGGCUUGGACUCUUACCACCGAAAGAAAAGAGCAAGAGCAAGAAGUCUGGCGUUGUAGUUGAUUCGGGUCCAGCUGUCGCCGAUAGAUGGGCAGGAGAGACUGCCAGUAUAAUGAACAUCGAGUACAAGAAGAGAGGGUCUGUACGAGAGUGGGACAUGGGUAAAGAGGGGUUUUAA